GUAGAAAGUCAAGGCAGAAAGUGAGGUUAGGAUAGGAUAGGUAGGUGGUAUCCAAUCCAGCCGAUUCGUGAUUAUAAAAUUAUCACUAUUAUCUAUCAACUUACCACUCAAAUAUCUCUUUCUUUCACCUUCAGUUGUCUCCUCGUCUUCUUUUUGUUGAUUAUGAUCACGGUCGUAUAAUUAAAACACGAAUAGCCGCAUUUUCAGAAUGAGCUGGUUCCCCUCUUUGGCAAAAAAGAUAUUCAACCCACAGUUGACUUUCGUGCGUAACCGGUACUGGAAGGAUCGGCAGGGAGCAGGGCAUUUGCUUAAACGUCAUGGUUACGAAGAAACAAUUCAUAAAGAGGGUCUUUUACCUCGACCAGAGCCUGGGGAUACGCAACGCUUAAAGGUAUUGCCUAUUUACAGACCAAAUGAUACGUGGGCAGAGCAUAAAGCUCUGUUUGGUCAGAAUGAUUACAUUGAUAUCUUAGGGAAUGAAAGGGUGAAGCCACACAAAAUCUUGUAUAAUAUUCCAAUGUGGUUGAGAGGAGUUCGAGGAAAUGAGUAUCAAGUAAUUUUAAGAAAAUACAAAACUUUGGCCCCCGGUAUUUAUCCAGUAGCCCGCCCCACCAAAUGGCAUCAAUUGAGAUUCAGAAUCAAAUAUCUUAGCUUUUUCCUCAACCGUAAGACAAAGUGGCCUCUACGUCCAGGCAUUAAACGCUAAUCUAUCAAUUAUUAAAUUUAAGUCAAUCCUCUUCUUAUGUAGAUUUUUUAUUUCUUUCAGAAAAUAAAUUUCAAGUUUUGUUACAAAUA